AUGAGGCCGCCGACGCUCAGGGGCCCCUGGACCGAGGAAGAAGACGAGACGCUCAAGGAGAUGGUGAAGGUGUAUGGCGAGAGGAAGUGGGCGGCGGUGUCGCAGCACCUUCCCGGCCGGAUCGGCAAGCAGUGCCGCGAGCGCUGGACCAACCACCUGCGCCCCGACAUCGACAAGACAAUCUGGACUGAGAAUGACGACAUCGAGCUGAUCAAGGCUCACAAGAUCCACGGCAAUCGCUGGUCGAUGAUCGCCAGGCAGCUGCCCGGGCGAUCGGAGAACGCCGUGAAGAACCACUGGAACGCCACCAAGCGGAGCCUCAAGGCGAAGCGCCGGCUGAAGAAGAAGAAGAACGCGGAGGCGCCGCCCGGACAACAGUGGUCCAUCCUGGAGCAGUACAUCCGCAGCCUUCCCCCCGCCGCCGUCGCCGAGGACGGCGCCGGCGCCGCGCCGCAGCAGGCGCCGUCGGACGACUCCCCUCCGUCGUCGUACAACACCGGCGGUGGGUACUACGGCGGCGAGGUGGUCAGCCCUCCGCUCGCUCCCGCGGCCGCCGGCUUCGAUCCGGCCGCGUUGGGGAUGUACCUCAGCGCCGCCGCCGGCAACAACCCAUCCUCCGCGGCAGCGGCGGUCAAUUUGGGGGCGAUGAACCCCGACCUUGCGCCGCCCUCGUACCUGGGGCUGGACCUGAACUCCUACUACUACUACGGUGGCGCGCCGCUGGCGCCGGCGGCGAGGGCGCCGCCGCCGCAGAUGAUGAUGAUGGAGCAAGACCAGCAGGAUUCGUCCAACGCCAGCAACAGCAACAACCUCAUCACCUACCCGUUCGUCGACCACAUGGCGUGGCAAUCGUCCUCCGUCCACGCCGACGCCUACUACGCCAACAACGCCAGUGCAGGCCAUUAUCCCUACUACUACUAUGGCGACGCCGCGGGCGCCGGGCCGAGCGGCGGCGGCGGCGGCGGCGGCGGUGGUGACGCCACCGCCAUCCCGGACGACGUCGACGUCGUCCAGAUGGCCUCCAGGGAGUUCCAGAUGAACCCGUCCGAGGAUGAGGUCACCCUCAACCUCGCGGGCUUCAUGUGAGACGGCAUCAUCGCGCGAGAGCUCCCUU